CUAAGAAAACCAAAGAACUCAUCACAACUUAUCGACUUCAAACUGUGGUGUCUAAAAAGUUAGUUAGUAAACUUGCUACAGUAAGGAAUCGAAUCAAACGGCGUGUUCGUGAAGCAGCAAGAUAUGCGUUACCAGCUGUUGGAAGAGUUCGACAUGACUAUCUUUUUUUGGCCGGCUUGAAUGUUUAUAACGCUUCCUGGAAGGAGCUUUGCGUGGCAGUUGAAAAAGCAAUUGGGAAUCCAAAGUUAUACAAGACAAGGAAUUAA